UGUUGACAAACCUCAAUUGAUCCAGUACUAGAGUGUCUAGAUAGGGCAGCCUGAGCUAGCUGUUCAAUGCAGCAUUGCUCUGUCACCAGCCGGUUCGGGCCGCAACUUGAUGUUGACAGCUGGCACGGCUUGACAUCCCACCAACGUAGCUCCACGGUGUACAGAUGAGAUAGCUUGUCCAGAUGGUUUACACAACGUAUAGCGGCUCGAAUCCUCCCCUUAAUUCAUAGGAACUCGAAAGUACCUAAUCAUCAGACGUACACAAAGCGAAUCGCAUCAUACCCUCACAAGAUAAGGAAUCCAAUCCCACCUGACGCAUCGAACGAAACGACCCAGACCAUCUGCCCAUCAUGGAUCCCUACUCGGCCGAAGGCGAGCUAAUCAACAUCCACAACUAUUUCCACCAGGGCCAGUACCAAGAGGUCGUCGACUUUGACACAUCAUCAUUAUCAGCCGAGAACGAGGUCCCCGCGCGAGUCCUUAUACAGAGGGCACGCAUUGCACUGGGGCAGGCUAAGGAGGUGCUCGCUGAUGUGAAGGGCGAGACAUCAGAGCCUGAGUUCGCUGCCGUGGCUGCCCUGGCACAGUCUGCUCUCGGCAAGACAGAGGAGGCCGCGCAGGCCAUUGAGAAGCUAGCGCAGUCCGAGAGUGACAAUCAGACCGUCCAGGUUCUCGGAGGUAUCGUGUUGCAGGCAGCUGGCAAGUCGGAUGAGGCGCUUGCGCUCCUGUCUAAGCACUCAGGUAGUCUUGAUGCCGCAGCACUUAUCGUACAAAUCCACCUCCAGCAAAACCGCACAGAUCUCGCGAUCAAAGAAGUAACAGCCGCGCGGAGAUGGGCUCAGGAUAGUCUCUUAGUGAACCUUGCAGAGUCAUGGGUCGGCUUGCGGCAGGGCGGCGAGAAAUACCAACAAGCCUUCUAUGUCUUCGAAGAACUAGCCCAAGCCCCCGCAACAUCAUCGCUCGUAACUCUCGUCUCGCAAGCGAUCUGUGAGAUCCACCUCGGCCGCGUGGAAGAGGCUCAAGCUGCUCUCGAGCAGGCACUGCAGAAGCAGCCCGACCACGCGGAUGCUAUAGCGAACUUGAUGGUGCUGACAGUUAUUACGGGCAAGGACGCCACAGAGCUUACCAGUUCCCUGAAACAGACGGCGCCUCGCCACGCUUUGCUCACAGAUCUCGAGGAGAAGAGCGACCUCUUCGACAAGUCUGCCUCGAAAUUUAGCGCUAAGGUUACGGCGUGAAGAGCGGCUAUGAAACAAUAAGAAAACGGAAAUUCUGAAAUGAAAUACAGCAAAGGGAUGAGAUAACGUUAUGAUAGUAAGGCAUUACUGGCUUCGCCCAAUAGACCUUUAGACGUGUUAAGCAUUUCCGGUGAAAAGCGAUCAAGUGCGGUCCGGGAUACCAGCUUAUUGAAAAGGGAGGGAAAGCCACGUUGAAGAAUCCAGCACUGGCAGGAGUUUGGCGGUAGUAUAGCCCCUCAGCCCUACAUCUACUACACUACCUUAUUCAUACUUUUGGUUAGGUAGAUCCAUCAUUUGGUAGUAAACGCGUCGUGAUCUUAGACAUGAAUUUCGAGCAGUUUAUCAACAAUGCCAUUUCACAUGUCACAAAGUGUAUUCACAAUGAAAACGAGACCACUGUUACAGGCAUAGGACCGGUUGG